AUGCGCAGAGACUUCUUUGCUUGCCAGGUGUUGCCCGUGGCAGGUGCCCAAACCCCAAAAGGUUUCGUCAAAGUGGUGAAGAAUAAGUCUUACUUCAAGAGAUAUGAAGUCAAAUUCAGGAGGAGGAGAGAGGGUAAAACGGACUACUAUGCCCGCAAGCGCCUGGUUGUACAAGACAAGAACAAGUACAACACACCCAAGUACCGACUGAUCGUUCGCUUGUCCAACAGGGACAUCUGCUGCCAGAUUGCCUACGCCAAGAUUGAAGGAGACCACAUUGUGUGUGCCGCUUACUCCCACGAGCUGCCGAAAUACGGCAUUGCAGUAGGUCUCACCAACUAUGCCGCGGCCUACUGUACUGGACUGCUGCUGGCCCGCCGGCUUUUGCAAAAGUUUGGCAUGGAUCAAGUCUACGAGGGUCAGGUGGAGGUAACCGGCGACGAAUUCAAUGUGGAGAGCGUAGACGGUCAGCCCGGCGCCUUCACCUGCUACCUGGACGCGGGCCUGGCCAGAACCACUACGGGCAAUAAAGUCUUCGGCGUGCUGAAAGGAGCGGUCGACGGAGGCCUGGCCAUUCCUCACAGCCUGAGACGCUUCCCCGGUUACGAUACGGAGAGCAAAGAAUUUAACGCCGAGGUGCAUCGGAAACACAUCAUGGGCAUGAACGUGGCCGACUACAUGUCGUACCUGAUGGGGGAGGAUGAGGAUGCCUUCAAGAAGCAGUUUUCGCGGUUCAUCAAAAACGGAGUCACGCCCGAAACGGUAGAGGAAAUGUACAAAAAAGCACACGCCACCAUCAGAGCAAACCCUGUUCACGAAAAGAAACUCAAAAAAGAAAUCCAAACGAAGAAGAGAUGGAACCGUGCCAAGAUGUCCCUGGCUCAAAGGAAGGACCGCGUUGCCCAGAAAAAGGCCAGCUUCUUACGAGCGCAAGAGCGGCAGGCAGGCGACGGUUAG